CUAUUUUUCAGGCAGCUCAAAAGUGUAAUGCGCAUUAUUUGUGCGCACAACACACACGGAAUAACACGGAUCGGAAAGAGAAAGUUGAAGCGCGUGGUUAUGUUUGUCAUAUUCUUGGAAGCGCUCAUGAUUCACAAAGUGGAAUUCAUUUAAACUGCUGUGGAGAGAAGGAACUAUGUAAGAUAUCAAUCACAGUGUGAUUGCCUACACUUGAUCGUAGAUUGAUUUCCGGGAUAUAUAGACAACAAUCACAAACAAUCCAGAAGUAUACAUCAAUUCCCAUCAAUUCGAUUCAUCAAGUAUCAGAAGAGAAGUUUUUAUAGAUGGGAAGAUACCGUCCGCUGUCGAUGAUAUGUAUUGUGUUCUUGCUGUGUCCACCGUCCUGUAAAACACACCAGUCAUUGUUGAGGAUGAAAAUUGAAGUCUUAUCCAUUUCCGGGGACACCUUCCAAUUACUGAAUGCAGAAGCCCAAGGAAGUCAAACUUGCUCAGGGAUAAAUAAAGAUGACUGGUGUGGAGAAAGAAAUGCCGAGUUUAAGUGGUUUAACAAAAAGAUCCAUUGCUCUUGUCAAUGUAAAUACAGCUUCAAAACAUAUGUAGACAGUAACUGUACAGCUGAUAAACAAAUACGCGAAUAUCUUGGAGGGUGUCAACAAUAUUUUAGAUGGCAGAGUACUGACCCUCCACCUUUACAAGUUUUUGACCUCUCUCAAAAAGGAAACAAGGAAAUUAUUGCAGAUUGUAACAUGUCAUCAGUAGAAAUAUAUAACCGCAGCAUUGGUCAGUGGAUAAGGAUUGUGAAUAACUCUGCAGAAUACAUCUUUGAAAUAAAAGCAAAAAAGGCUCAGCUUCAUUGGAGUAAAGAUAAUGCAGGGUUCUACAAUGGCCACAUCGUCAAGAUUGGAUGUGAACAUAAUUGCUUUCUGUUUAAAGCACAGGGAAUACUUCAAUAUAAUGUUACCAUUCCAACAUCUUUUUCAUCUACAAUCACAUUGUUGCCAACGAGUGCAAGUCAUGGCAGUGUUUUACAAAGUCAUUGCCAUAGCACAGCAUCUUCACUAUGGUCAACAUCUAUGUCUAUGCAUACCCCAUCUCUAUCAACCCAUCCAUCAACCCCUAGCACAGCAUCUUCACUAUGGUCAACCUCUAUGCCCACCCCAUCUCUAUCAACCCACCCAUCCCCGGCAAUGUCCACUGAGCCAGUGACACAGACACCAACCUCAACAUCAGCAAAGCUGCCGCUACAUAGUGUAAAAAUAUGGUCAACUCAGCAACCACCUACUGGUCGCCCGGAUGGCCAGGAUGGUGAUAAUGUAACAGCCCCUGUGACUGUGGCAGUGGUAGCUGCUGCAGUGGUCACUACUCUUAUCGUGGCUGCUGUCAUUGUCUGCCAUCGGAGGAGAUCAAAAUCGUCAGCACAAAAGCCAAAAAAUAAAGCUGCCUUCAUGGGUGGUGACAACCCUGUUUACAAGCAUUCCCGAGCAGAUGAAAUGGCGUUAUCGGGCCCUUAUCAACCAGCACGCGGUAAUAGCCACGCCCUACCCAGCAGAGACGAAACUUUAGACUACGACUACGACUAUGCAAACGUAGAUGGUCUACCAAGUAAGAGGCUUUCAUCGCCAGUUUACCAAGAGUUAGAUCGUCCAGACGGGACACAAGACUACGAAUCAUUGGAGCAACCGAAAGAUAGCACAGACCAUCCUGUUUACAACACACUGGAGGAUCCUGAUAGUUCACCACAAUACCGUGGACUCAAAGGACCCAUACCAAACAAUGAAUAUAAGAGCCUUAAGAAACCAGUAAACACUAUGACAGGGGCAAUAAACGAGCCAGUCUACAACACAUUAGAAGAACCUGAUAACCCAAACCAAUACUACGCACCUAAAGGCUCCACCGAAAACCAUGUGUAUAAAAGCCUUGAGCCUAAAACACCUCACACGGAGAUGGUGAAUGAGCCUGAAACACCUCAAGCCAAGAUGGUGAAUGAGCCUGUCUACAACACACUGGGAGAAUCUGACAGGGACUAUGACAAUGUGUAUGAUGAAGAGGAUCAAGACCCAGCACCAGGAGAUGUGUAUGAACCAGUAGUAGAUGCCUUUCCCUCUGAGUCACACCCAGAGUAUGCCAGGCUAGAGGGACCUCAUACCAUAAGAGACACACCCAAACAGGAUCAGGCCCCUGACUAUGACGUGCUUGAGCGGCCAUAUCCUAUCAAAGAGCAUGUGUGUCAGGCUGGAAAGAAGAGGAGGGGAAAGUGAUGCAUAAAUUCUGAUGAUAAACAGGAACAACCUUUUGAGACACUUAUAAACUGGGUCCACUUUGAAAACAUCUAGCCACACAAUCAAACUUCAUGUGUUACGAAAUGCAUGUCUACACUGUGCUUUGUGUAGAAAAUUAUGAACUGCCAUGCCCAGUUAUUGUUAUAACUGAAUCCAUGGAAACAGCAAUUUUUGAAGUAAAAAUCUAAUUUCUGCUUCAAAUUUCAAUAAAAUAAAAUAAAUGACCAUGCCCGUCCCCCCCAAACAAAGUUAGGGGGGUCACCUAUUUAAAAUUAGGAUAAGGGCAUGGUCAAAUUUCUUCUAAACAAGUUUAAAAUCAUCCUCAAAAUCAUCCUUAAAAUCAUCCCCCUUUUUUGCUUUGAGGCACUCACAGUCAUCAUAGAGAAACUGAAAACUGAAAAAAAUAUUUUUUUUAAAUAUCAGACAGUCCCUAUUUAUAACAGGAUAGUUUUAAGAGAAUCUAUUUUUGACCCCUGAUCCUCCUUUAGUAAAUUAACUAUUUCUUUAGCAUACAAUAACUUUUAUAGUGAUAGUAUAUUUUGUGCAAAUAUUGAAACUUACGUAACUACAGCUUGAAUUCAAUUAGAGUAUUUUCUGUUUCCUAAUGUACCCUGUUAAGUAUGCUCACUGAGCAAAGAGAAGAUAAUAAUAAGUUGUACACCAUGAAAUGGUUGUCAAGUGUAUCAGGACAAAAAUGUAUCUAGUAUAACUAUUUUGAAUAUAUUUCCUUAUAUAUUUUUUUUACUUUCCGAGACUUUAUUAUAUUUCUCUCAACUGUCCUGUUUCCAUGUUUUUCAUACCCCUAGCUAAUCUGGGAAGUAUACACAAGUGGCUAAAGCAGGCAUCAUGGUGCUGCAAAACAGUACUCAACAAAGUACACCCCUAAUACAUCGAUUAGCAUAGCUUUGGACACUGAGUCUAUUUAUUCACUUUUCAGCUGAAGUUGUCAUCAAAUAAACAUAAGUAUUUUUAUAGCAUUAAACUCUGUAGUCCUUGUGCCCUUGAGUUGACUAAUAUUCCUCUAUAAAUAUAUAUUACACUAUACAAA